UGUCCGCACCGCCCGGGCCACUUUCCCUUUCGUUCCCGCGGCGCCCUCCGACCCGCGGGGUGCGGCUGCCGGGAGAAGAGGGGGGGUGGGUGAGCCGCCAGGGGCCCGCGGGCCGAUCGGCGGGGCCCCCCAGCCCCGAGCACCAUGCUGGACCCUUCUUCCAGCGAAGAGGAGUCGGACGAGGGCUUGGAAGAGGAGAGCCGCGAUGUGCUGGUGGCGCCCGGCGGUGCCCAGCGAGCGCAGCCGGCCCCGGCUCGGGAAGGGCGGCGGGACGCGCCGGGGCGCUCGGGCGGCGGCGGUGGCGGCGGCGGCGGUGGCGGCGGCGGCGGCGCCGCGGCCAGACCCGUGAGCCCCAGCCCCUCGGUGCUCAGCGAGGGCAGGGACGAGUCCGAGCGGCAGCUGCACGAGGAGCAGGAGCGGAGGAUCCGCCUGCAGCUGUACGUGUUCGUGGUGAGGUGCAUCGCGUACCCCUUCAACGCCAAGCAGCCCACCGACAUGGCCCGGAGGCAGCAGAAGCUUAACAAACAACAAUUGCAGUUACUGAAAGAACGGUUCCAGGCCUUCCUCAGUGGGGAAACCCAAAUCAUAGCUGAUGAAGCAUUUUGCAAUGCUGUUCGGAGUUACUAUGAGGUUUUUCUGAAGAGCGACCGAGUGGCGAGAAUGGUUCAAAGUGGAGGGUGUUCUGCUAAUGACUUCAGAGAAGUGUUUAAGAAAAAUAUAGAAAAACGGGUGCGAAGUUUGCCAGAAAUAGAUGGCUUGAGCAAAGAGACAGUGUUGAGCUCCUGGAUAGCCAAAUAUGAUGCCAUCUACCGGGGGGAAGAAGACUUGUGCAAACAGCCAAACAGAAUGACCCUGAGCGCCGUGUCUGAACUUAUUCUGAGCAAGGAACAACUCUAUGAAAUGUUCCAGCAGAUACUAGGCAUUAAAAAACUAGAACAUCAGCUUCUUUACAAUGCGUGUCAGCUUGACAAUGCAGAUGAACAAGCAGCCCAGAUCAGAAGGGAGCUUGAUGGUCGGCUACAGUUGGCAGAAAAGAUGGCAAAGGAAAGAAGAUUCCCCAGAUUUAUAGCAAAAGAAAUGGAGAGUAUGUACAUAGAAGAGCUGCGAUCUUCAGUGAAUUUGCUAAUGGCCAACUUAGAAAGUCUUCCAGUUUCAAAAGGUGGUCCAGAAUUUAAGCUACAAAAAUUAAAACGUUCACAGAAUUCCGCAUUUUUGGACCUAGGGGACGAGAAUGAGAUUCAACUGUCAAAGUCUGAUGUGGUCCUGUCAUUCACCUUGGAGAUUGUCAUAAUGGAAGUUCAAGGUUUGAGGUCAGUGGCUCCUAAUCGCAUUGUUUACUGUACAAUGGAAGUGGAAGGAGGAGAGAAGCUGCAGACAGACCAGGCUGAAGCCUCAAGGCCACAAUGGGGAACCCAAGGAGAUUUCACCACCACCCAUCCUCGGCCUGUGGUGAAAGUGAAGCUCUUCACAGAAAGCACCGGUGUUCUGGCUCUAGAGGAUAAAGAGCUGGGCAGGGUAAUACUAAACCCAACUUCCAAUAGCUCCAAGACAGCUGAAUUACACCAAAUGAUUGUGCCCAAAAAUAGUCAAGACAAUGACUUAAAAAUCAAACUGGCAGUCCGAAUGGAUAAACCACCACAUAUGAAACAUAGUGGAUAUCUCUAUGCCCUUGGGCAGAAGGUUUGGAAAAGAUGGAAAAAACGUUACUUUGUUCUUGUCCAGGUGAGCCAGUACACUUUUGCUAUGUGCAGCUAUAGAGAAAAGAAGUCUGAACCGCAAGAAUUAAUGCAGCUUGAAGGCUACACUGUGGAUUACACAGAUCCCCACUCAGGUCUUCAAGGAGGUCAGAUGUUUUUCAAUGCUGUUAAAGAAGGAGAUACUGUAGUAUUUGCCACUGAUGAUGAACAGGACAGAAUAUUAUGGGUUCAAGCCAUGUAUCGUGCCACAGGUCAAUCUUAUAAACCAGUUCCUGCAGUCCAAACCCAGAAGCUAAAUCCUAAAGGAGGAACUCUCCAUGCAGAUGCUCAGCUUUAUGCAGACCGUUUUCAGAAACAUGGUAUGGAUGAGUUUAUUUCUGCUAGUCCUUGCAAGCUUGACCACGCCUUCCUUUUUAGAAUACUCCAGAGACAGACAUUGGAUCACAGACUGAAUGAUUCCUACUCUUGUUUGGGUUGGUUUAGCCCUGGCCAGGUCUUUGUCCUAGAUGAGUAUUGUGCCCGCUACGGUGUGAGAGGUUGUCACAGACAUCUCUGCUACCUUACUGAGCUGAUGGAACAUUCAGAAAACGGUGCUGUCAUUGACCCAACCCUGCUCCAUUACAGCUUUGCAUUCUGUGCCUCUCAUGUGCACGGCAACAGGCCUGAUGGAAUUGGAACUGUUUCUGUGGAAGAAAAAGAAAGAUUUGAAGAGAUAAAAGAGAGACUUUCCUCCCUUCUAGAAAAUCAGAUAAGCCACUUCAGAUACUGUUUUCCCUUUGGACGUCCUGAAGGUGCUCUAAAAGCUACACUUUCCUUGCUUGAAAGGGUUUUAAUGAAAGAUAUUGCCACUCCCAUACCAGCAGAAGAGGUGAAAAAAGUGGUCAGAAAAUGUCUCGAGAAAGCUGCCUUGAUCAAUUACACUAGACUCACAGAAUAUGCCAAAAUAGAAGGCCCAGCAGACAAGGAAUCAGAGACCAUGAACCAGGCGACUCCUGCCAGGAAGCUGGAAGAGGUUCUUCAUCUAGCCGAGCUCUGCAUAGAAGUCUUACAGCAGAAUGAGGAGCAUCAUGCGGAGGCAUUUGCCUGGUGGCCUGACUUACUGGCUGAACAUGCAGAGACGUUUUGGGCUUUAUUCACAGUAGAUAUGGAUACCGCGCUGGAGGCUCAACCACAAGACUCCUGGGAUAGUUUUCCUCUUUUCCAGCUACUUAAUAAUUUCCUCAGAAAUGACAUGCUUUUGUGUAAUGGGAAAUUUCACAAACACUUGCAAGAGAUCUUUGUGCCCUUGGUGGUCCGCUACGUUGACCUCAUGGAGUCCUCCAUCGCCCAGUCAAUUCACAGAGGUUUUGAGCAAGAGACAUGGCAGCCUGUCAACAAUGGCUCAACAACAUCUGAAGACCUGUUUUGGAAACUGGAUGCCCUGCAAAUGUUUGUCUUUGAUCUGCAUUGGCCCGAACAAGAAUUUGCCCACCACUUAGAGCAAAGGCUUAAACUAAUGGCCAGUGAUAUGAUAGAAGCCUGUGUCAAAAGAACAAGAACUGCAUUUGAACUCAAGCUGCAGAAGGCAAACAAAACAACUGACUUGCGCAUUCCUGCUUCUGUGUGUACCAUGUUUAAUGUAUUAGUGGAUGCCAAAAAGCAAAGCAGCAAGCUCUGUGCACUGGAUGGAGGGCAGGAGUUUGGUAGUCAAUGGCAACAAUACCAUUCGAAAAUAGACGACUUGAUUGACAACACCGUUAAAGAAAUCAUUUCAAUGCUAGUUUCAAAGUUCGUUUCAGUGUUGGAAGGGGUGUUGUCUAAGCUAUCACGGUAUGAUGAAGGCACUUUCUUCUCGUCCAUUCUGUCAUUCACUGUGAAGGCAGCUGCAAAGUAUGUUGAUGUUCCUAAACCAGGAAUGGACCUGGCAGACACCUAUAUCAUGUUCGUUCGGCAGAACCAGGAUAUUCUUCGAGAGAAGGUCAAUGAAGAAAUGUACAUAGAAAAGCUGUUCGAUCAAUGGUACAGCAAUUCCAUGAAAGUCAUUUGCGUGUGGUUGGCUGAUAGACUAGACCUCCAGCUUCAUAUUUACCAGCUGAAGACGCUCAUCAAGAUUGUGAAGAAAACCUACAGAGAUUUCCGAUUGCAAGGUGUGCUAGAAGGAACACUGAACAGUAAGACAUAUGAUACUCUGCACAGACGUUUAACAGUGGAGGAGGCCACAGCCUCUGUCUCAGAAGGAGGAGGACUUCAGGGCAUUACUAUGAAAGACAGUGAUGAAGAAGAAGAAGGCUGAUUACACACAGCUCUGGAAAAGGAAGAAGGACCUUCAAUAUAUCGUUUUGUGUACCUUGUCAUUGUAAUUAUACUUAACUGUCUUAGCCAAAA